CCAAGUGCGCUUUCCGAGAUGCGAUAAACUCGCGCCGAUUGCAGUGCAGGCACUGCAGUCCUCUAUGGACCUCUCCAGUGAAGGAUAUUAACAGACGGUAGGGUCAUGGACAUCUGAACUCACUCAUGAAGCAGGAUGAGGCCUCUCCUGAUUGAAAACAUAGUGACUAGUGAAAAGAUGCAUGGACACUGAAGAAAUCUAACUCUGAGAUGUCAACCGGCUAAGACUGCAUGACUCUUAAGGAUCUCUGUUUCCGCUCUGCUUGAUUUCACACUGCCUGCCUUCCACGUCAUGGACUGCGAACCGUAAAGUUCUCUUACAAGCAGCCUCAGGCUACACGCACACAUUGGCUGGACCCCAGCGUGCUCAGCUCACCCCCUCUCCCACUGCUCCCGCAUUCCUCGUCCAUCACCGAGGUGCCCAUGCCGAUCUGGCCUGACCAAGCUUUACCAGACCAUGAAGAGGCCCAAGCAGCACCAGCAUCUCAGCUUCCUCCGCUUCUUCAGCCGCAAGUCCCAGGCAGAUGCCCGGCCGGAGGGGCCCGGGGCCGCAAAGUGUCGCGAGGAGGUCGCCAUCACGCUGACACCCAACGAGAACACAGAACAGGACCAGGGCAUUGCUGGAGGAGGAGGAGAAGCAGGAGGAGGCAGAAGUGAAGGCGUGGCGGGAGGGGAGGACGGAGAGGGCCUCGAACGCAGUGAUGGCAGCUCCACAAGGGUCCUCUCCUCCUCAGCCUCCAGCCAGGAGCAGCUUCUGGACCACCUGGAGUGCCCCCUGUGCCUUCUGAGCCAGCCUCGCUGCCGCUUCCCCCGCCUUUCCUCCUGCCCGCACCGCUCCUGCCUGGACUGUUUGCGCCAGUACCUGCGCAUUGAGAUCUCUGAGAGCCGUGUGGGCAUCGCGUGCCCGCAGUGCCACGAGGUGCUGGCGCCGCCCGACGUCCACGCCAUCCUGGAGGACCGUGCGCUGCUCGAGCGCUUUGAGGAGUUCCAGCUCCGUCGUUUCCUGGCUGCCGACCCAGACACCCGCUGGUGUCCUGCCCCUGACUGCAGCUACGCUGUGAUUGCCUAUGGCUGUGCCGAGUGUCCCAGGCUCCGGUGCGGGCGCGAGGGUUGCGACACCGAGUUCUGCUACCACUGUCGGCAACUGUGGCACCCAGACCAGACGUGUGACCAGGCCCGACGCCUGCGCGCCCGCCACACCUCGGGACACAACGAUGCCUCCGCGCUGUUCGUCUUCAACGAGGAGACUGCCAGCGAGGUGGAGGAGAUCAAGGCGUGUCCCCGCUGCGGAGCCUACAUCAUGAAGACCAACGACGGCAGCUGCAACCGCAUAAACUGCAGUGUCUGCGCCUGCCAGUUCUGCUGGCUCUGCAUGCAGGAGAUCACAGAUGUGCACUACCUCAGUCCCUCAGGCUGUACCUUCUGGGGGAAGAAGCCCUGGUCCCAGACAAGGAAAGUUGUUUGGCAAGUGGGCAUGCUGCUGGGGGCACCGGUUGUUAUCUCCCUCAUUGCUGGCAUUGCAAUACCAGUCAUCAUCAUCGGGAUUCCCAUCUACAUGGGACGAAAGGUCCACAGUCGAUGCAAGAAAAACAAUAUCUCAGGAAGUAAACACUACUUGACGGUAGCCAGUGGGGUAAUGAUGUCAGUGUUCGUGUCCCCUGUCAUAGCAGCUGUCACACUAGGGGUCGGUGUUCCCUUAAUGAUGACCUAUGUAUAUGGCGUGGUCCCCAUGUCCCUCUGCCGGAAUGGCUGGUGCAAGAACCAGAAGGACCAGCCUGAGCCACGCAACAUCCAGCCGGAAGAGCUCUUUAACUUCAGUGACCACUGGACUGGACAGUCCAACCAGGUGACCAGUGAGACCAGCUUGCAUGCGGUGAGCAGCCAUCCCACCACCAGCACUGACCCCCCCAACCGUGAAGGCGGCGGAGAGCAAGUCAGCUCGACAUGCGCUGUGGUCGUGGAUGCCAGCGAGGUCAAUGACACUCAGAGCCCUUCUGUACGGGAGGGGACCAACAUCGAGGUGCGGGUAGAGAUUGAGGCCUACCCCCGGGAUGGCCGUGCACCCAGUCUCAGUAGCAUCCUCUCCAGCCAGAGCCCAUCGGCUGAGUCCCUGGCAUACUCCCAAGAGCAGCUGUGUGGGAGCGAGUCAGGGGGCCAGGAACACCCGCCUGGACUGGAGCCUGAUGCCGACUGAUCUACUGAACCACCCACACCCCACCCUCGCUCCCGUCUCUGCUCUCACCGGGGGCUACGAUGCUUCCACCACCACACCCCACUCGCUACUUCCAGUUUCUGGGCAGCAAAGGGGCCAGCUUGUGGAACAGCUCUCUCCCAUGGAGCAAGGGAGAGAGACGGAAAGGGAGGGAGGGUAGAUGCUGUGUGUGCCAGAGAGGAGCAGCAACAGACUGGCUGAGUGUGUCAGAGUCUGUCCGUCUCUGAGUGAUUUAAAUGGGCACUUGCCAAAAAACAAGACGAGAAGCCUUCAGUUUCUCCAUUAUGAAUGAAUAUACAAAGAAAAAGUGUGCGAUAAUACUAUUCCUUCUUUAUUUAACUGAUGCCUUUGUCCAAGGCGAUUUACAGUACCUUUGCUGAAUAGUUUUAUGGACCAUAGCCUUGUUAUUUUUAACCACUUGGUUAAAAUUAUUGCUACUUCUUAAGAUAUUUUGCCUCAUUUAAUCUUUGGAACUUGUUUUGGGCCAUUGUUUGUUUUUACUAAUAGUUUUGGAUUUAAAAAAAUAGGAUUAAAAAAGGUGUGAUUUGUUUUGCAGAGAUGUAGCUUAUCUCCUAUCUCAGUUGUAAUUCUAAAGAGCUUCAGGGUAGAAACUGCAUAGAAGCAUCAGAGUGUAAAAGUACUGUGACUAUUAAUAGCUAUUAGUGACAAUGACAUGACCUGCCUGACCCUGAAAAGAUUUUUCAUUGGUGUUCCAAGCUGAGAACUGAAAUUUAUGCAAACUUUUUUUACACGAAAAGGCAGAGCCACAACCAAUUGUAGCAAUGGAGGUGGAUUCACCUGUGCUAAUGGAUGUACGCCCCCCAGCUUCCAUCUGGUAAAUAACCAUAUGUGUAAUCACUUUCCCUAAUCCCUUGCCACUGUAUUCAUCUGGAUUUUUGGGAUAGUGAAAUUUCAGUGUAUAUGAAAUCCACUUGGAGGGACACAUUUUCCUAUUUGGCUUGACAUGUCUUUUACAUUUAGAUUGUAUCAUUUUGAUAGGUCAUAAAAAAUCCCUUAAGUAUUCUCCUGAUGUCUGAUAAUUUAGAAAUAUCAGAAUUCUGCACCGAUUUCUGGGUCACACUUUAACACAAUUUUGUUUUCUCGGUGAAUUUGAAGGCCGUAUUUUCAGAUAUGUUGAAUAAUUUUGAGGGAAGUGUUGAAGUGCACUGUGAAUUAUUCUUCUGAUUCCCAUAUGUCUUCAGAGAGAUAUCAGUGUUUCUUUUGGGCCAGUUGUAUUAGUUUGUCACAAGUCAGGACAUCUCCUAAUAGACUGAGCUGCAUGAAAAAUGUCCAUCUGCUGUCUAAUCCAGAAUUUACAAUACAUCUGUGCUGAUACCGCUGUGGACCCACAGUGUUGCUGCUGGUGGGUUUAGUUCUACCUACACUGCAUUUUAUCACUGAGCACCAAUGUAAAACCAAAGCAUGCCAUGCCAGAAUUGUAUGUGCUGAGGACUACAGAACCCAAUCAUAGAAAGCCUGUUAUAAUCUGGAGUGUAAACCGGUCAAUCUAGGAACCUGAAAUAGUAUAU